UAGUAAACAUCUCUAAUUAUCAUUGUUUUGAUUUUUGCUUUGUUUUUUUUUCGCCAAUAACGUGAACUAGUGUAGCCCAUGGAGACCCAACUGGAGAAAGUCUUGAGCGAUAUCGUCACACAACAGGACACGGUGGGCGCUCUGCUGGCGAAUCGUCAGGGUCUUUGCUUGGGCGCCAAGGGCGAUAUCAAUCCGAAUGUCUCUGGGAUCGGCAUGGCCAUAUCUGAUCAGGUUGCGGGUCUGGAGCCCAAAAAUGCGGUGGCUCAACCAGAUGCACGUCAUCCAACCAUCUGCCUAUACAGCGGAAAUAGGCGCUGCGUCAUCCAGAGGAAUGGUGAGAUAACUGGCGUCAUUUACAAGCAGCACACAACUGCCCCGGCCAGCGAUUAGCUGGAGGGCGAACGAACAUCCAUGUCAUUCUCAGGCCAACUCAAGUCUUCCAAAGUGCGCUCGUGCCAGGAGUCACAGACGGUACUCGUACUGGGACGGACAAGGACUGGCUG